AUGCUGACACUUUUGAACAGAUGGCGUUCCCAGCCAGGAGGACCUUCCAAUGCCUCCGCCUUCAUUCGCGUCCUCGAAUCUCCCAAGUCAUCAGUCUCCGACAAAGUUCUCGUCCUGAAGGCCUUCAACGACUGGGACGUCCUCGUUAACACAUGGUUUGAGGUAGCCGACGCUCUUCCAGCCGUUGAGAAGCUUCUCGACGUCACCGCCUUCCCAGAGCACUCAUCAGCCGCGUUGCUCGUCUCGAAAGUCUAUUUCUGUCUGGAACAGUACGAGCGUGCUCUGGAAUUCGCUCUGCGCGGAGAUUUCAAUGUCGUCCCUGCUCCACGAGUGGGCCUUGGAAACGAUGCAGAAUAUGUGAAUAAGAUAAUUGAAACCGCCAUUGACACUUAUAAGAUUAUGAGCCAACAAGGAAUCGCUGCUCCGCAACAGCUCCGCGAGCUCGUUGAUAAGAUUGUUGCCAGAAAUCUGGAUAAUCGAGAGAUCUGGUAUGUGAUCUCGUUGGGUUUCGAGACGACCAACUUGCCAAUGAUCGAAAAGGCUAUCAGUGCGAUGCCAGCAGAGCUCAAUGUCAAAAAUCAAACAACCCUUGUGGAAACGCUCAACCGUGUCGUCAACGGAGCCUUCGACAGAUCAUUCCGUUUUAAAGUCAUUAACACUGUCAUUAAGACCUAUUUGAAGUGUCCAUCGCCAGAUAUGUCCAAGAUUUGUGAGUGCUACGUGCUCACUGACAACGCCGAGUCUGCUGCUGACACUAUCACGGAUCUCAUCUCCCGCAAUCUAUCUACUCGUUCCUAUCAAAUCGCCUUCGAUUUGUAUGAAACCGCCAGCCAAGGAUUCCUUGACAGAGUUCUUCGACGAUUCGAGCAACAGGAGCAACCAGCAGACGCCAAAUCCAUGGAGAAGGUGCAUUCGAUUCUGAAAGGACACGAGACAGUGAAAGCCUAUCUUGACUUCUACGUCCGUCACAAUCACACAGAUUCCGUGCUGAUGGAAGAGAUCAAGGAGAAUAUUAGAACCGCAUCUGCUCACAAUGCUCUUCUUAUCAGCAACGGUCUGAUGCAGUACGGUACCACUUGUGACGAUUUCCUCCGCAACAAUCUCUCGUGGGUGUCCAAGGCUACCAACUGGAACAAAUUCAACGCUGUCGCCUCCCUCGGACUCAUCCAUCACGGACAAGAGGCCUCGGCAAUGAAGGUUCUCGAUCCGUACCUUCCGAAAGAAUCUGUAGAAGGAUUCGGAUUCAAAGAGGGAGGAGCCAUGCUCGCCUACGGAUUGAUUCAUGCCAAACACGGUGAUGCCACUGCUAUGAGCACUCUUGCUCAAUGGCUCAAGACUGCUGAGAAUGAGCCAGUUCGACAUGGAGCCUGCCUUGGAUUCGGAAUCGCUGGUUUGGGAUCUUCCUCGGUUUCUGGAUAUGAGAAGAUUCGCGAAGUUCUUCAACGUGACGAGGCUGUCUCUGGAGAAUCUGCUGGAAUCGCUAUGGGACUUAUCAUGGCUGGAAAUUUGAAUCAGGAGGUGUUCAAUGAGUUGAAACAGUAUACUGUGGAUACUCAACACGACAAGACUCAACGUGGUAUUCGUACUGGACUCGCCUGCGCUUCAUUCGGACUUCAAGGAGACGCUGAACCCUAUAUCACCGAGGCGAUUGGAGCCAAGAGUAACCCAAUGCUCAGAUCUACUGGAAUCUGUAUGCUGUCGAUGGCCUACGCUGGAACUGGAUCUCCAGAUGUCGUUCGUCGUCUUCUCGAGAAGGUUGCCACUGAUCCAAACUUAGAUGUUAAGAGAUACGCGACCAUUGGUAUCGGUUUCGUUCUUUCGAAGGAUCCAAAUACCUGCCUGUCUUAUGUCUCCAUGCUCACCGAGCAUUUCAACGGACAUGUUAGGUAUGGAGCCGCGAUGGCUUUGGGUAUCGCUUGUGCUGGAACUGGAAAUAUGGAAGCAAUCGGACUCAUUGAGCCAAUGAUUUCUGAUAAGGAAGGAUUCGUCCGCAAGGGAGCUCUUCUCUCGUUAUCUCUUAUCAUGUGCCAACAGACAGACUACACCUGUCCAAAGGUUAACGGAUUCAGAAAGCAGUUGUUGAAGAAGAUCGGAGAGAAGAAUGAGGACUCUUUAGUCAAGUUCGGAGCCAUCAUUGCUCAGGGUCUUCUCGACAUUGGAGGCCAGAACGCGGCCGUCUCAUUGCACAAUUCUGAUGGUCAACCGGAUAUGGGCUCCAUGGUUGGAAUGAUGUGCUUCUUGCAUGGAUGGUUCUGGCACUCGAUGCACUUCUUCAUUGCCCUCGCCGCCAAGCCGUCUUGCUUGGUAAUGGUCAAUGAGAAUCUCAAAAUUCCAGUACUCGACUACGUUUGUCAUGCGAACAGCCAAAAGUUUGCCUAUCCACCACGUGCCGAAUCGAAGAAGGAUAAGGAUAUCAAGAAGGUGGAAACUGUGGUUUUGUCGAUUACCGGAAAGAAGAACGCGUUGAAAAAGGCGGCGGCUGCGGAGGAGAAGAAGCGCCGGGAGGCUGCGGCUGCUGCAGCACUCCAUGCAGCUGCACAAUCAUCGUCGUCGGCGUCUGGAGGAGCAGCUGCUGGUGCUGCUGGUGAGGAUGAGAAGAUGGAGGUGGAUCAACAAGGAAAGCCGAAGAAGGAGAAGGCACCAGAAAAGGACACGAAACCCAUCCACCGUCUCUGCAACCCUGCUCGCGUGAUUACGGCUCAACGAAACCUGAUUACGAUCAGUGACCCCCGUUCGUAUUCCCCAAUGAAACCACUCUACAAGGGAGGAAUCAUCGUUUCGGAUCGUAUUGAUAAGGAGAGAGAAGAGAAACUGGUCAGUGAAGUCGUCGCUCAAGUCAGUCUUCCCGCUUCCUCGUCGAACGCCGAACUGAAACCACCACAACCAUUCGAGAUCAAUCUCACUGAUUAUUGA